CUCAAACAACCGUCCAUUUCCCCCCCAUCACUCAUCACACCACAAUGCAAGCGCCAGUGGUUUUCAUGAAUACGUCCACGGACAGACAGACUGGCCGUCAAGCCCAGAUUUCGAACAUUACCGCGGCAAAGGCGGUGGCGGACAUCAUCCGCACGUGCCUCGGACCGAAGGCAAUGUUGAAGAUGUUGCUCGACCCGAUGGGCGGGAUUGUUUUGACGAACGACGGCCAUGCGAUCCUCCGUGAGAUCGAUGUGGCUCACCCGGCUGCCAAGUCGAUGAUAGAGUUGAGCAGAACCCAGGACGAGGAGGUUGGUGAUGGUACAACCUCGGUCAUCAUUCUUGCGGGUGAAAUCCUUGCGCAGACUUUCCCAUAUAUUGAGAAGAACAUCCAUCCCGUAAUCAUCAUCAAGGCCUUAAAACAGGCGCUUUCGGAUGCGUUGCAGGUGAUCCACGACGUGUCGAGACCGGUGGACAUUGAAAACGAGGAGGCGAUGAUCAAGUUGAUCAAGGCGUCUAUCGGGACCAAGUAUGUCUCCAGAUGGUCACAGAAGAUGUGCGAAUUGGCGUUAAAGGCGGUAAGAACCGUUACCAUUGACCAAGGUGGUCACAAGGAGAUCGACACCAAGAGAUAUGCGCGUAUUGAGAAGAUUCCUGGUGGGGAAAUCACCGAUUCUGAGGUUUUGAAUGGGAUCAUGCUCAACAAGGAUGUGACCCACCCGAAGAUGAGACGCUACAUCGAGAACCCAAAGAUCAUGUUACUCGACUGCCCGUUGGAGUACAAGAAGGGCGAGUCGCAGACCAACAUCGAAAUCACCAAGGAGGAGGACUGGAACAGAAUCUUGCAGAUCGAGGAGGAACAGGUCAGAUUGCUUUGUGACCAGAUCAUCCAGUUUAAGCCAGACUUGGUCUUGACUGAAAAAGGUGUCUCAGACUUGGCGCAGCACUACCUCUUAAAAGCGAACAUUUCCGUCUUGCGCCGUGUCAAGAAGUCUGACAACAACAGAAUCGCCCGUGCCACCGGUGCUACGAUCGUCAACAGAGCUGAAGACCUCAGAGAGUCCGAUAUUGGUACCAAGUGCGGUUUGUUUAAGGUUGAGUUGAUCGGUGACGAGUACUUCUCCUACAUCACCGAGUGCAGAGAGCCCCAGGCGUGCACCAUCUUGUUGAGAGGGCCAUCCAAAGAUAUCCUUAACGAGAUUGAAAGAAACUUGCACGACGCCAUGGCUGUCGCCAGAAACGUUAUGUUUGAGCCAUCCUUGUCUCCGGGGGGUGGUGCCACCGAGAUGGCCAUCUCCGUCAAAUUGGCCGAAAAGGCCAAGUCUAUUGACGGGGUCGCUCAGUGGCCGUACCAGGCGGUUGCAGAUGCUUUUGAGGUUAUUCCAAGAACCUUGAUCCAAAACUGCGGUGGUAACCCUAUCAGAGUAUUGGCGCAGUUAAGAGCCAAACACGCGAAGGGUGAGCAUACCUGGGGUAUCGACGGUGAAAACGGGAAGAUUGUCGACAUGAACGAGUACGGGAUUUGGGAACCGGAAGUGAUCAAGCAGCAGAGUUUAAAGACCGCGAUCGAGUCUGCGUGUUUGUUGUUGAGAGUGGAUGAUAUUGUCAGUGGGGUGAGAAAGCAGCAACAGGAAUAAAUUGGCUAGGUUUUCAGCGGCUAGGCAUUCCAGUUAUCAGGCUGUGCCGCUAGGCGUUUAUUCUCCCCUGUAGUUUUCAACCACCUCGCUAUUCUAUCGGCUCCGGCUGUUUUGAAGACCUUAGUCUUCCUGGUAUGUUAUAUUACCCUGUAUAUCUACGUUAUAAAUGCGAUUUCAUAGACUGGUUUGUAUGGAUGGUUAAUGAUUUCCAUCAAGCUCAGACUCUACGAAAGAAUGUAGAGUACAACAUUCCUAUUUAUACGAAGAAUUGCCCUCUCCUGGCUUGCCUCUCAUUAAUAUGAACAU